CGAGGCGGCCGAGUACGGAGAUCGGCGCGGCGGCGGCGCAUGCGCAGAAGAUCGCCCCAAUAAAGGGGGGCGCGUUUGGAUCCGGACCCCCCGCCAGCGAGAAGCCGAGACGUGACGUCAUUCGCGAUCCGAAGGUGCUUCUAAGCGGACUCGAAAGGGGGGGGGCUUGAAGAGCCUCGAAGAAAGGGGGGCAGGGCUGGUUAGCGACCCCCAACCGGAUCGUCGCUUUGUUGGGCUGGGCGGGGGGUCUCUAACGAGGAUCCCCAAGGGGCGUCCUUAAUACCCCCCCCUUAGAGACCCUGGUUUAACCCAUCCAAACCAGCGGGGGAGGGGUCUUUCACCCGGCUCCUUAACUUAGACCUUCCUUAACCCACUUAACACCAGCCUUCACUCCCCCUUGGAGCGUCCUUAACCAGGUGGCGGGGAUCUUUAACCCUGAACUCCCUUUUAGAACUUCUUUAACCCAUUGGGGGGUCCUUAACUCCCCCUCGGAGCGUCUUUAACCCUUCAGCUCCCUUUCAGAACCUCCUUAACCCAUUGCGAGGGGGGCUGUUUCCUUCCCUCCUCAUCGGAGCGUCUUUAACCCUUCAACUCCCUUUUAGAAACUUCCUUAACCCUUUGGGGGGGUCUUUAACCCUUCAACUCCUUUUUAGAAACUUCCUUAACCUAUUUGGGGGGUCUUUAAGCCUUCAACCCCAUUUCAGAACCUCCUCCACUCCUUCGCUUCUUAACCCCCCCUUCCUCCCGUACGCGGGGGAGGGGUGACUUCCCCUCCCCCCCGCCUCAAAAAAAGCCUCGAAUCCGAAGGGGUCUCUAAGCUCCCCCCCUCCUCCCCCCCGCACCGUUCCACGCAUGCGCGCCUCGUCCGCUACAGCCGCCAGCGCCGCCGCUCCGGCCAUGAGCCAGGCGGAGCUGCCUCCUCCUCGUUCUCCAACGACGGCGCCCCCGUCGCCCCCGCCGCCGCUGCCGGGCGAGCGGCGCUUCCGCGAGGCGGUGCGCGCGGGGAACACGGCCGCCGUGCACGCGCUCCUGCGCGGGAUGAGCAGCUGCGAGUUCAACGUUAACUCUUUCGGGCCCGAGGGCCAGACGGCCCUGCACCAGUCUGUAAGCGACGGGAACCUGGAGCUUGUCAAGUUGCUAGUCCGCUUCGGGGCGGACGUCCGGCUGGCCAAUCGCGACGGCUGGAGCGCCCUGCACAUGGCCGCCUUCGGGGGACACCAAGACAUCGUCCUCUACCUGGUGGCCAAGGCCAGAGGAGGAGGGGGAGGCGCCGCCGGAGGGGGGGGCAGGUGAAAGGGGGGGGAACGGCGUACGAUUCGAACUCACGACCCGCCACCGAGGACUUGGGAACGCCAUUGGAACGCACCGUGGGGGAAAACAGGGCAACAGCACACGCCUCACGCCCAUGGCACACCAGCCAAGAGUCUGGGGAACACCCAUUGGAAUGCACCAUGGGGGAAAACAGCGCACGACUUGCACCCACGACGCACCAGCCAGGACUUGGGAACACCCUUGGAAACAAACGUGCGGGGAAAGAACGCACGACUCGAACACACCACACACCACCCAGUGGGAACAUGCCGUGGGAAAAGCGGGUUGGAGGGCCGCCCCCCCAACAAAGCUUAUGGAGGGGUAGGUGAGCGGCGGACGUCACCCCACCCCCACGCAAAAAAACAAAAAGAAAUCGGCACGACUUGAACCCACGGCCACCACCGAAGGACUUGGGAACACCCAUUGAAGGGCGCCGUGGGGGAAAACAGCGCACGACUCGAACCCAUGGCGCACCCCCCCCCAGGACUUUGGAACAUUCCCUGGGGAAUGCGGGUUGGUCUAGAUGGCCACCGGAGAUCCCCCCUUUCCAAACCAAGCUUCGGACCUUGGAACACCCCCCCCCCAAAGGCUUUUCAGACCUCUCUCCGUCUACCUCUGCGGCUGCGCGACGUUGCCUCGCUUUUGGGGGGGAGAGCCCCCCGAAAAACACCGCCCUCAACUUGAACCCACGAUUCUCCCCCACUUGGCAGCCCGUUGGGGAAAGCGGAUUGGACUAGAUGACCGCCGGAGGUCCCACUUUCCAAACCAGGACUUUCCAUUUGCUGGACUUGAUCUACCUCUGUUGCUGCGCAGUGUUGCCUCGCUUUUUGGGGGAAACUCAACUCAAUGGCGCCCUCUGCUGGCCAAGCAAGGGAGGCAGAAGAAACUUUCUUUGGGUGGGGGAAAUACCAUUUAAUGUCUGGAAAUGGGGGGGUGUUAUAGAGAGAUAUAUUAUAUUGUCGACUGCCCAUUGAAAUGCUGCUUGUCUCCCUUGCCAGGGGAGACCCCCACCCCACCCCGAUUUCACCCCCAUUUUAUACAGGGUGGGACAUCCCAACCACCCCUCCCCCAAUUAUCCCUUGAAAAUAUAGCUAUUUUAAUAGAUCAUUUGUGCAGUGUGUGUUUUUUCAGUGGGGUUGGGCUUUUGAUGAGGGUGGGCGGGUCAGCCUCUCCAGCAGUACGGGUUACUCGUGAGAUGAUUUAAGGACCCUGCUAUCUCUCCCGCUAUCUCACGCUAUCUCCCCCCCCCCCCCGCUUUUGGAAGAAUUGGAAUGCUUCAUAUAGAUAAUCAAGAGCCCCUCCUUUGAAGAAUUGGAAUCUUCCGUUUAGAUAAUUAAGAGCCCCCCUGAAGAAUUGCAAGGCUUCCUUUAGAAAAUUAAGAGCUUCCCCUUUGAAGAAUUGGAAUCUUCCAUUUAGAUAAUUAAGAGCCUCCCUCUUUAAUUAGCCCCCUUUAAAUAACUGAAACUUUCCAUUUAGGAAUGGGGACGCUCCUUUUCCCCCUUCUUAAGCACCCCCCUUUUAAAGAAGCACUCCAUUUAGAUGUAUAACAACAACAACAACAACAACAACAACAACAACUGGACCUAAUGGUCAGGGGUCCCUUUACCUUUACCUUAAUAAUUGGGAAUGCUCCUUUUGUAUAAUUGAUAAUCCUCCCUUAAAACAGAAUGGAAAGCUCCUUUUUGUAAGUGAUAACCCCCCCUUCAAACAGAAUGAAACGCUCCUUUAUAAUAAUUGAUAAACCCCUCUCCCCUUAAAACAGAAUGGAAAGCUCCAUUUAGAUCAUAACUCCCUUUUCAAAUAUAUUGGAAUGCCUUUAAAUGAAUA